AUGGGUCGAUACGCUAAGGAACCGAAAAAUCCAACCAAGUCCUGUAAGGCAAGGGGCUCGAAUUUAAGAGUUCACUUCAAGAACACGAGAGAGACAGCUAAGACUAUCAAAAGGAUGCCUCUCCGUCGUGCCGUACAAUACUUGAAGAAUGUUAAAGACAAGAAGGAAUGUGUACCUUUCAGGAGGUUCAAUGGCGGUGUUGGUCGCUGUGCUCAAGCCAAACAGUGGGGUAUGACUCAGGGUCGCUGGCCAGAGAAGUCUGCCGAGUUCUUGUUACAGCUUUUGAGAAAUGCCGAAUCCAAUGCUGACAUUAAAGGUUUGGAUGUAGAUCGUCUGUUUGUUGAACACAUUCAAAUAAAUCGUGCUCCUUGUCUGAGGAGACGUACUUACAGAGCCCACGGUCGUAUUAACCCGUAUAUGAGCUCACCUUGUCAUAUUGAAGUAAUUCUUGCUGAAAAGCAGAAGUUUGUUGCUAAAGUUCCCAAGGAUGAAGCUGAGAAGAAGAAAGUAUCCAAAAAGAAAUUAGCAAGACAAAAAGAAAAGUUGAUGCAUGAAUAG